AUGAAUGCUGCGACUAGUAUCAAUGGAAGGAAAACUUCUGCAAACGCUACAGAGCCCGUGGAUGCUUCAAAUUACAACUUGUCAUCUACUUUGAGGGAAGUUGAUGUUGAGAUACCACUAGUGGUGAUGUACGUACCAACGGGCACUGGGACGCCUUGCUGUGCUGGAAGAUCAUGUCAAAAGGGGGGAAUCUAUGGUUUGAAGGUGGGUCCGGUACACGUGACGUUUAAACCAACUGAGAAAACCCAAUGUGCAUUCCGUAUGGUCCACGAAUACUGCCCAUACGCGGUGGAGAUUCGAAUGACCAUGUGUGAAAUGCAAGAUGUUGAAAUGAUCUGUAUGAUAUCAAGGCAGUCUCUUCCAAAUAUUCCUCGUGGGGCUAUGGGCUGCGCCGGUCCGGGAUCAGUUCCACAUCCUUCGCAUUGUAGGAGCGUUAUUGAUUCGUGUCACCGAACCAUAACCACAUCGACUCCGUGGGGCCUCUUCCUUGCGCGGUCCGCACCGUUACAUGCAGAGCCGGACACGAAAGUCGCUUCACGUGUUCCCCAUCUUGCGCUUUCGGAAAUUUGA